AUGUUCACCAGCAAAGGCCUCUUCAAGCACAUCAUCUGCCCCAAUGGCGCUGCAUGCCGCAUGCCCAACUGCAUGUUCGGACACGAGUUUCCCGGCACCACUGCAACAAGCGAGUUGCGCCAGGUCAGCCAUGCACCCCAGCCCCCACCCACCGAGGUAGGCCACGAACAGAAGCGCCGCAAACUGGACGAUGGCACCAAGGCUCCAGAAACGGAGAGAAAGGCCUUCACCGGGGGUUUGGUUCCGGGCAGGACAGCUGCCAGCGCCAAGGCUGGAGCUACCAAAAGCCACCCCCAGAGCACAAUCGCCAGCCCAGCAAAUCACUUGCAGUCAGCUAAACGGCCCGUGUCGCCCCCUCCAAAAGCCGCUUUGACGGGGCAGAAAGCGAAGCCCGGCUCUGCUGCGAAUCAGACCAUGUCAGCUGCAGCAAAAAAGCCUCUGGAGGUAAAGAAGGAGACUUUGAAUCCGCGUCGUGUGGCCAUGGAACCUGAAAAGUGGGGCAUUCGUACAGCUCUUCUGGAGAAGCUUCACGAGAUGAUGUUGCCGCUGAACAAACAAGCUGGUGAAAGCUCGGAUCCUGAACUCAAGGCGUUGCACUUGGAUGACACUUCACUGAUCAAAGCAGCUCUGGAUGAAGAAGAAGGGCUUGCGCAAACCCAAGGCAAGGUCUACAAGAACAUGAUCAAGCUCCGGAUCAUGGCAUACAAGAAGAUGAAGAUUGAAGAGUGGAAGCAGCAUCGACUUGCGGCGACGAAGAGCGCUGCUCCUGAAAAGACGGAGCCCAAGGUCGUUGACACGGGACUUAGUCCAGAACAAGAAACCAUGUUCCUUCAACGUCUCAUCGCAAACCAGGUAGGUCUGGACAAGCACGGCUAUGUUACCGCAGUCCCUACCGAUGCAGAGAUCGAACAGGCUAGGCUCGGUGUCGAGAUGAGUGCAAAUUACGAAGUAUGCGACCGCUGCAGGACCCGCUUCCAAGUAUUUCCUGAGCGUCGUGUCGAGGAUGGUGCCCUCACGACGGGUAGCCACUGCACAUUCCACUGGGGCAAAACCUUCCGCCCCCAGUACAAGAGGACUGAGGCAAUCACUGGUCGAGCAGAUAUGCGCUACACCUGCUGUCAGGAGACCACAGGUAGCCCAGGCUGUUCGACUCUGGACACUCAUGUCUUCAAGAUAUCCGAGACGAAGAGGCUGGCACUCGUCUUGCCUUUCAUUGCAACCCCGCCCAAUCCGAAUGCGAUCAAAGGUAAAGCGAUAUGCUUCGACUGCGAAAUGGGCUACACCGUCUAUGGCAUGGAGCUCAUCCGUCUUACGGUAACGUCAUGGCCUGACGGAGAGCCUCUAAUCGACGUGCUCGUUCGCCCCCUCGGGACCGUCCUUGAUCUGAACACUCGAUUCUCUGGCGUUACUCCGGAUCAGUUCUUCAACGCCCAGCCGUACGAUCCAGCCGACCCUGCCUCGGCGAAUCCAAGGGCAGGUAAUGGUGAGAAGCAGCCGAGUCUUCGAAUAGUUUCGAGUCCGGCUGAAGCUCGCUCGCUCUUCCUUUCUUUCAUUGCGCCUGAAACCCCGGUGCUUGGCCAUGCCUUAGAGAAUGAUUUGAACUCGAUUCGUCUAGUUCACCCCACCAUUGUCGACACGGUUUUGCUCUAUCCAAUUAGAGGAGGUCUGCCGUCACGCCCGGCCCUCAAGGGGCUGGUCAAGGGAUUACUUGGGAGGGACAUUCAGACGGCGGGCGCAGCUGGCCACGACAGCUUGGAGGAUUCACGGGCGACUGGUGAGCUGGUACGGGUCAAAGUCGAGAGGGAGUGGCGGCAGUUGAAGAGCACAGGUUGGACUGCGAGAGAUGAUGGCUUCUACCCGCCACAUCCCGAAGACGGCCAGGAGGGUCCUGCGACAUUGACCCCGAUCAACCCGAAGGCGAUGAGCAAAUCAAAGAAGAGAAAGGGCUCGGCGAGCAACUCGGAAUAA